GACGGAGGGCGUGCCGACGGUGGCGGCGUGCGUUUGCCUAUGUGACACAAUUACAACAACUUUGAGCCGAUGGUUGGGGAAGUUUGCGAUAUUACCAAGUAACACUCCCUCCUAACACCCAACGUGACAUCAACUUCAUGCACAAACUGGCACUGGAAUACACGCUGUGUUGUGAUGUACAAUGAGGAGUGUGGAAGGUAACUUGAAGGGAUCAUUUCCUUGAGGAUUUGGCAAGAAUUACGCUACGCCCCAUUUUAGUCCUGGAUAGGCGUGCAACUCUUUCGUUGUUAUUGCAUUUUGCCCGGAGUUACUCGGUCCCGUCGAUCGUCCCGUGUCUUUCCCAUGAAAUCGUGCGGAGUGUCGCUCACCGCCGCUGCCUCUGCUGCUGCCCGGAGUCUCGGCGUUGCUGGUAAUGACGAGGAGAAAAUGGCGUCGAGAACAGCGACUGAUAUCGAAGAGGACUUUCCGAAGCUAACAGCGCAAGAAAAAGAGAGCCUGGUGGGAACUGACAGUUCACUGUUUGGAUUUCAUAGGCUUCAAGAAGAUGGCGCCAGAACGAAGGCCUUGCUGUUAAAGGCUGUUAGCUGCUACGAUGCCCUCAUCCUGAAAGCAGAAGGGAAAGUGGACCCUGACAUUUUCUGUCAGCUCGGCCACUUCAACCUCCUGCUGGAGGACUAUCCAAAAGCAUUAUCUGCAUACCAGAGGUACUUCAGUUUACAGACGGACUACUGGAAGAAUGCUGCCUUUUUAUACGGCCUUGGCAUGGUUUACUUCCAUUACAACGCAUUUCAGUGGGCAAUCAAGGCGUUCCAGGAGGUGCUUUACAUCGACCCCAGCUUCUCAAGAGCUAAAGAGAUUCAUCUGAGACUGGGACUCAUGUUUAAAGUCAACACAGACUACGAGUCAAGUUUAAAGCAUUUUCAGCUGGCUUUGAUCGACUCCAAUCUCUGCACUUUGUCCAAAGCUGAAAUUCAGUUCCACAUCGCUCAUUUGUAUGAGAUCCAGAAGAAAUACAGAGCGGCAAAGGAAGCUUAUGAGAGUCUGCUGCAGACGGAAAAUCUUCCUGCACAGGUGAAGGCGACUACACUGCAACAGCUUGGCUGGAUGCAUCACACGGUGGAGCAGCUGGGGGACAAAGGCACCAAGGACAGCUAUGCCAUCCAGUGUCUGCAGAAGUCUUUAGAAGCAGACCCGAACUCUGGCCAGUCCUGGUACUUUCUCGGCAGGUGCUACUCCAGUAUUGGGAAGGUGCAGGAUGCCUUCAUCUCUUACCGCCAGUCCAUUGAUAAGUCGGAGGCCAGUGCUGACACCUGGUGCUCCAUAGGGGUGCUCUACCAGCAGCAGAACCAGCCUAUGGAUGCACUGCAGGCCUACAUCUGCGCCGUUCAACUGGACCACAGCCACGCGGCCGCCUGGAUGGACCUGGGCACCCUCUACGAAUCCUGCGGGCAGCCGCACGACGCUAUCAAGUGCUACAUCAAUGCUACACGCAGCAAGGCCUGCCUCAACACUGCUGCACUCACACAACGCAUCAAGCUGCUGCAGGCUCAGUUGUGUAACCUACAGCCAGGUAGUCUGCAGAAUAAGAGUAAAAUGCUUCCUAGUAUUGAGGAGGCGUGGAGCCUACCCAUUCCUGCUGAGCUCACGUCCAGGCAGGGGGCCUUGAACACUGCACAGGCACAGCAGCACCUGGAUCACUUGCGGACCAACAGAGCAAACCUCAAGCCCCCCCAGGUGCAGAUGCUGGAGCAGCUGGAGAACCAAUUCUCUCUCAUGCAGCAACAUCAGCUGCAGAUGAGGCAGCAGGCAGCAGCGAGUGGCCAGCCGCGGCCCAGCCUUCCCAACGGUCCUUUGGCUGAGCCCUCUCACCACCACGCAGGCCUCUCCCGCGCCUCUCCCCUUAAUCACACAGCCAUCCGGCCCCCGUGUGUCACCCAGCCCACAGCCAAUGGAUCCUGUUCUUCGAGUCCUUCAGCGGGGCUGCUGGGACACCUGGACAAAAAUCACACCCUGGGACUGGGAGGUGGCGGCGCGAGCAACGGAAACGUGCCUUACCCGCAGCAGAACUCUCUACCUCACAACUGCACAGCCGCCAGUCACCCCAGCACCAGCAGCACUACCAGUAGUCCCAGUCAUGCAGACGAGACAUGGAGGAGCCAACAACGCAACACUACCACUCAGGGGCUUCAAAAAGGUCCAGGUUCACAUUCGGCAGGUCCCAAUGGAGAACCCCCUUUCUCUUCCUCCUCCUCCCCUCAGACCUCGUUCUCUUCCUCUGGCAUUCUGAAUCAGGUUGGACAUUCCUCUGGGCCCUGCACUGCCUCCUCCUCAGCCUCCUCUUUAUCCCCCACCUCCCCCCAGACCACACCCAACCACUUGUCCUCGCCCCCCCACGCCGCUACUACCUCAGGGGUCCACACCAAAGACACCACGCCUUCAGGGGGCAACAACGGCAGCAACGGCGCUGCAGCCACUUUGCCAUCAGGUCCGGAGGCCGCCGUCAGGCAUUCCGCAGGGACGCCCUUAAGUCCCAGCAGCACCCCCGCGCAGGGACUGACUAAUCACGUCCAGCCGCGGGUGACGGACGGCUCCACCAGCCCGUCUCAGCCUGCCUCUCCUGCCCCCGGCGUGCUCAGUUCAGACAAUCCUCAGCUCUCAGCCUUGCUAAAGGGAAAAGCCAAUACUACCAGUAAUGACGAUAACAAUAACUACAGUAACCAUGGAGGCCCUUCCUCAGAGAAAAUCAACAACGUCCACCCGGGUCUCCACGGCGCCGCCAAGCCAACGUCGGAGCAGUCGGCGGCAUCCUCGCCACUUUUAGCCACAGCUUCGCCCUCUCCACGCUCAGCAGACCCUCACACCACCAACAGCCUCUCCUGCCUUAACAGCCCGUCCACCACCAACAGCCAGGCGCCCACAGUCAACGGGAAGGGGCUGGAGGACUCCCAGAGCCCCAAGAAGGUGGAGCCAUCUGCAGGAGCUCAGAGACACACUGUCCCUGCUGGUCUGGCACCCUGGUCCUCGGUCUCCAUCUACCCCAGCUCCAGUGAGGUGCUCAAAGCGUGCAGGAACCUGGGGAAGAACGGCCUGUCGACGAGCAGCAUCCUCCUGGACAAGUGUCCCCCACCUCGACCCCCUCGCGCGCCCUCUCCUCCACUGCCAAAGGACAAACUCAACCCCCCAACGCCCAGUAUUUAUCUAGAAAACAAGAGGGACGCCUUCUUCCCGCCCCUCCAUCAGUUCUGCACCAACCCUGCCAACCCGGUCACCGUCAUCAGAGGACUGGCUGGAGCGCUCAAACUAGAUCUGGGCCUCUUCUCCACUAAGACCUUGGUGGAGGCCAACCCCGACCAUCUGGUGGAGGUGCGCACCCAAUUGGCUCAGCCCACCGAUGAGAACUGGGACCCCACUGGCAGCAGGAAGAUGUGGCGCUGCGAGAGCAGCCGCUCCCACACCACCGUCAUCAAAUACGCCCAGUACCAGGCCUCGUCUUUCCAGGAGUCUCUGCGGGAGGAGAAUGAGAAGAAGAAGGAGAUGGAAGCAGAAGCAGGUUCCUCAGACAGUGCGAUGCGGCGAAGGAAAGGCCCUUUCAAACACAUAAAGUUUGGCACCAACAUCGACCUCUCUGAUGAAAAGAAGUGGAAGCAGCAGCUUCAGGAGUUGUCUAAACUGCCAGCGUUUGCUCGGGUCGUGUCAGCCGGUAACCUGCUCAGCCACGUCGGACACACCAUCCUGGGCAUGAACACCGUCCAGCUCUACAUGAAGGUGCCGGGGAGCAGGACGCCAGGUCACCAAGAGAACAACAACUUCUGCUCAGUCAACAUCAACAUCGGUCCGGGGGACUGUGAGUGGUUCGCUGUGCCUGAGAAGUACUGGGGCGUCAUCACCGACUUCUGUGAAAAGAACAACAUCAACUUCCUGAUGGGCUCCUGGUGGCCCAACCUGGAGGACCUGUACGAGAGCAACGUGCCUGUUUACCGGUUCAUCCAGCGUCCUGGAGACUUGGUGUGGCUCAACACGGGCACCAUCCACUGGGUUCAGGCCAUCGGCUGGUGCAACAACAUCGCGUGGAAUGUCGGACCCCUCACAGCACAUCAGUACAAGCUGGCAGUGGAGCGUUACGAGUGGAACAAGCUGCAGAGUGUCAAAUCCAUUGUUCCCAUGAUCCACCUCUCCUGGAACAUGGCCAGGAACAUCAAAGUGUCGGACCACAGGCUCUUUGAGAUGAUCAAGUAUUGUUUGUUACGGACUCUGAAGCAGUGUCAGAUGCAGCGUGAACUGCUGCUUGCUGCCGGGAAAGAACUGGUGUGGCACGGGAGGACCCACAGCGAGCCGGCUCAUUAUUGCAGCAUCUGUGAGGUGGAGGUGUUCGACCUGCUGUUUGUCACCACAGAGAGCAACAGCAGGAAGACGUACGUGGUGCACUGCCAGGACUGUGCCCGGAGGGCGAGUGCUAACCUGGACAACUUUGUGGUGCUAGAGCAGUACAAGAUCGAGGACCUCAUGCAGGUUUAUGACCAGUUCACCCUCGCGAGUCCCCUGCCUUCCUCCUCUUGAUGGUAACACUGUUGUUCUGAGGACCGUUAGAACCACAAUGGACUUAAAUCGGAAACUCUCCGGAAACCUCUUCUUUUUCUGAUAUUCAGGAAGUAAGCCGGCAGUCCUCAAACGGCGCUCUGUAGCUCUCCCAUAAGGCAGCUGCGUGAAAGCUGUGUGUCUAUGCAACCUGCCCAGAGUGGUGUGCCUCCCCCCAGUGGACUGGAGGGGGGUGGCAGCUCCUCCUGUUAUCAUGACCAGACUGUUCUACUGCUGGCCCAGCUGGACUUCACCAGAAAACACACACACAAAAUCCCACAUAAAAAAUGAUGAAUUAAGGUUUUGUACAUAUUAUGUUUUAACUGGCAACAUCGUCACACAAAGACUACUGACUGGAUGGUUUUCUUUUUCCAUUUUUGUAUUUUGUUUGUGGGUUGACACACACACGAGCUUUGUUCCCUCCCCUCCAUGAGAUGAGUCAUUAGCAUAGCUGGUCUUUUGUAUGUUAGAUAGACACCUCCUCCUCGGUCAGGAAAAAACAGAUAAAAAAACUGUUUUGUAAUGUGAAAAGUUGAGUGACACAUUCUUUGCAACAUUUCCCCCAUUUUUAAAAAAUCAUUUAAUUUUGCUGGAACUAUGAUGAGUCUGAUUUCGUCGGGGAGAGGAAAUCGUUUGUAGACAAACAGCCAAGUCACAGAGAAAAAGGGUUGCACAUAGACAAAAGAGUGAACUUUAAUUUGUGUUUUUUUUUUUUAUUUUGAUGUAAAUUUACACUAUUUAUAAAUGCAUAUUUAUUGCUUGAAAAUAUUUGUUGAUGGAAUGCUGUAAUUUUUUUUUUCCAGAGUACCUGCCAUUAAAUUUGAAGGAGCCUUGUGAUUUUAAGCACGGCCCCUCGUACGUUUUCUAUAUAAAUAAAACUGCUUAGUAAGCAUUGUACAGAGACCUUACCUUGAAAUGGGUUUAUUGUUUGAAGGAUGUUUUAUGAGUCAAUAAACAAGAACUGUCUUUAUUUA